AUGCAGGCGGAGGCGAGGCGGGCAGGGUGCGGGCAGCGGGCGGCGGGCAGCGGGCGGCGGGCAGCGGGACGGCGGCCGCCGGGCUGCCCGCGCCUCCCGCCGCGCUCCGCGAUGCCGAGGCCGGGGAAGGAGCUAGGCGCCGGGCUGCGGGUGCCCUUGCCCUUUCCGACCCGAUUAGCGCAAGGCUGCCUUCCCCCCACCCCAUCUGGCAUCGAAAUCGUUCAUUUCGGGGCUCGCUCGGGAAUAAAUCUGUGUUUCUCUCGGUGCGCCUAUUUACACCCGAAGCCGCUCGCACCGGGCACGGCCCCGCCGAGCCGCCUUCCCGCCCCCCCCCCCCGCUUUCGGGAGACCACCGGCAGCUCGGCGCCCCCGGGAACUUCGCCCCCCGGAGCGGCGGCGUGGGCGGCGGAGGUUCCCGGCCCCCCCCCACCCCGGGAACGGGGGCCGGGGGGAGGGCGCGUUCGCUGCCUCCCCACCGCCCUCCUCGUUACGGUGCUGCCCGACGCAUCCCUUCCCAGAAGGGAUUAUUUCGCCAAACGAAACAAACGGCAGCGAGCGGCCCCCGCCAAACUUUCCACCCGCCCUCGCCGGGCCCCGCACGGCUCCCCACGACCCCGCAUCUCCCCGUCUCCCCGGGUCGUCCUCCCCCCGGCCCCGCGGCUCUGCCUCCCCCCGGCCGCCCUUUGUCCGGGCCGGGCGGCGCCGGGGCCGCUCCCCGAGCCGGAGCCGCCGGGCACCGCAUCCCGGGCAGGGCCGCCGCGCCCCGGCCGCCGGCACGGCCAUCUCCCGGCAUUGUUCCCUCCUCCUCCGGGGCUACCCCGCCGGCGCGGCGCGGCUCCGCUCCGCUCCCCCCCGGGCCGGGCGCUGGGCCCGGCGGCAGCGCUGGGGGAUGGCGGGGCCCGUCCGCGGGUUACUCACCAGGGAGAGGGGGAAGGUAAUCCUCGCCCCGACAAGUGGCACAAAGACGGGCUCCUGCCUCCGCUGCCCCCGGCGCUAUUACCCGGCUCUUCUGGGCUGCCGGCGGCCGAGGCGGGGAAGGCGCCCGGCGGAGGCCCGACGUGCCGCCGGGCAGCGGGAGCGGGCAACCCCGCCGGAGCCUUCCCCGGGCCGGCGUCCCCGCCCGGUCCGGAGCGGACAACGCAGCCGACGGGGCGGCCCCGGCCGGGCUGCCCCCGCCCGCCGCAGAGCUCGCCGGCCCCGGGGCUCGGGGGCAGCGCCCGGGCUCGCACCCCCGCAGGCGCGGGGCGCGGGUAUUUACGGACACGCACGCAGUUUAUGCUUCCAAGUGCCACGACCGGGGAGCGCCCACAGCAAACCCCAACCGACCCCGGCCGCCUGGAAGAGCCCGGUGCCGGUCUCGGCGGCGCUGGGAAGCCCGGCGUGCAAACCGGGCGGCAUCCAAGUCCGCCGAUUUGGGAGGCAGCCGCUCCCCCGGGCUCACCGAGAAGCCGCACAGGGCUUUUGGGGACAGGAGUGGGGACACGGGGGACAGCGAAGGUGCGCCCGGGCCCGAUCCGGCUCCAGCCCCGCAGCCGGCCGGGGCCGCAGGCGGGACGAAGGGGGCCCGGCCCGGCUCUGCCCGGCCCUAACCGGGGAGAGAGCGGCUCCCCGGCCGCCGGCACCGGCCGGGCCUCCGGGCAGGUGCGCUGCCCGCCCCGGGGGGCCCUGCGAGCCCUGCCCACCGCCCCCCCAACACCGCGUACGAACUACCUCGUUACCUACGGGCACGGUAUUACGCACGUUUAUUCCGCCGGAAAACCUCCCGCGGAGAAUCGAGGGCGACCCGGGCUGCGGAGCCCCCGGCCGCCCAACGCCGCCUCCCCGCUGCUUCCAGCCCCCCCAAAAGCGCAGCCCCGGCCCCGCCGACGGCCCCCACCACGGCAGCGGCCCGGUACGGAGGCGCCCGCCGACCACAGGCUCCCGGGGAAGGGGAGUCCCCGGCAGCGGCCGGGGCGGGACCGGGGCUCCGACAGGCAAAACAGAGUCCCACGGACACGCGUGGGCCGACGGCCAUCCAGCCCCGGGGGGGGGCGGCCCGGGCUCUGCCGCUCCACAGCCAGGACCCCGAUGGGGGGAAGAGGGCGGCUGUGGGGGUCAAGGGGCCAGCAAGCAGUGAUGCCCAGCUGCCGCUUUGCCUCUCCGUGGGAAGUGCCAGGUUUCUGCCCGUGA